AGAGUCGAUCGCAUUCGAAAAGUUGCCGGUUUUCGAUCGAUUGCUUCCCCGUUAUAAACACAAAUGAGUCUUCCUCUUGAGCGUCAAUGAUUCUUUAUUCCCUCUGAGAUCGGCGAGCCGGUAAGUGCAUCGCGCAGGGUGACAUUGUGGUCCCCUAUCGUGCUGUCCGGCUCUAAGCUCGCCGGGACCCCGGAUUUCGGUUCUCGAGCAAGUGGAAACGCGCACCGCCGCGUUCACUUCAAUCUACGGAAUGCGUCUCGUUCGCUUCGUUGAGUUUGGCAAGAAGAUAAUUUGUGUUGGUCGCAACUAUGCAGCUCACGCCAAAGAACUUGGGAACGCGAUACCGGAUGAGAAACCGUUAGUCUUCCUCAAGCCGGCUACGGCGUAUAUCACUCAGGGAAAAUUCAUUCGACUGCCCCCGGAUUGCAACGAGCUGCACCACGAAGUCGAGCUGGGAGUCGUGAUCGAGAAACCCGGCAAGAAUAUCACUCUGUCGAGCGCGCUGGACCAUGUCGGUGGUUACGUCUUGUGUCUGGACAUGACGGCGCGCGACAUACAGACAAAACUCAAAGCCAAAGGAGCUCCCUGGGAGCUUGCCAAAGCCUUCGAUACCUCGUGUCCCGUCGGCGACUUCAUACCCAAAGACAGAGUGCCGGAUCCCGACAAUAUUCAAUUGUGGUGCAAAGUGAAUGGCCAACCGCGUCAGGACGGCAACACAAAAGACAUGAUCUUCCGCGUACCGCAAAUUCUCUCGUACAUAAGCCAGUACUUCACCCUUGAAGCGGGAGAUUUGAUUCUCACUGGAACCCCGGAAGGAGUGGGCCCUGUAAAGCCCGGAGAUACUAUCGAGGCAGGGAUGUCAGUGAAUGACUUCAAAAUGACUUUCAAGGUGCAAUAGACCCUGCCCCCGAGGAUGGAUGAUGUGGUUGAAACUUCUCCCAUCGACGGAGGGUACGGGAGCGACCCAAAGAAUGCCUUUCCCGACGACGACGAGCCUUCGAAUAAGAACACAGAUUUUCACGACUCU